GCUUGGGAAGUCGAUACAUGUCGUGGCCAUUUCAAUAAUGUAUCUGCCGCUUUAUUUCAUCCUAGACAGGAAUUGAUUAUUUCUGAUGCUGAAGACAAAACCAUCCGAGUUUGGGAUAUAGAACGUCCAGCAUACGCAGUUCAUCAACAUAAUCUUUAUUAUAUCAAAGACAAGUAUUUGCGAGUUUUUGACUUUACAAAUAAUUCAGACGUUUCAGUUCUCUCAGUUAGAAAAAUUGGUGGACAAUAUAUGCAACCAAGGGCUUUAUCAUAUAAUCCAGCUGAACGUGCUGUUAUAAUUACUACGGUUGACGGGGGUAGUUUUGAUUUGUUUCAUUUACCAAAAGAAAUUGGUGGCGAACCACGGGAAGUUAGUGGUGAUGGUAAACGUGGUCCGGGGACUUCUGCAAUUUUUAUUGCUAGAAAUCGGUUUGCAGUUUUGGAUAAAUCUCGUCAACAAAUUGAGAUUAGAGAUCUCUCUAAUGCUACUACAAAAUCUGUUAAACCUUCAGCAACGGUGAACGAGAUAUUUAAUGCUGGUAGCAGUAAUCUUCUGCUUCUUAGUACACCAACUUCAGUGAUUCUAUAUGAUAUUCAACAACGUCAAAUAGUUUCCGAAGUUAAUACACCACCUGUAAAAUAUGUAGUUUGGUCUUCUGACCAUAGUCAAGUAGCGCUUUUAAGCAAACAUACUAUAACUAUUGCAAAUAAGACUUUAGAUGAAAGUUGUUUGAUUCAUGAGACAAUUAGAAUUAAGAGUGGUGCAUGGGAUGAUGCUGGUAUAUUUGUAUAUUCCACUCUCAAUCACAUCAAAUAUGCACUCUCACAGGGUGAUAAUGGAAUAAUUCGUACACUUGAUCAACCCGUUUAUCUCACCAAAGUGAAAGGAAAAAAUGUUUAUUGCCUUGAUAGGGAUGGCAAAACCCGUGUUAUCAGCAUUGAUCCUACAGAAUAUCGAUUUAAGCUUGCUCUUAUUAAGCGUAAUUAUGAUGAAGUACUUCAAAUAAUUCGCAGUUCAAAUUUAGUCGGACAAUCUAUUAUCGCAUAUUUACAGAAAAAAGGGUAUCCCGAGAUUGCAUUGCAUUUUGUACGUGAUGACAAAACUCGUUUUGAUCUCGCUAUUGAAUGCGGAAAUAUUGAUGUAGCAUUAGAAACUGCAAAAGCAAUGGAUCGUGAAGAUUGUUGGAAUACAUUGGGUGUUGAAGCGUUACGCCAAGGCAAUCAUCAGAUUGUAGAAAUGGCAUAUCAGAGAGUAAAAAAUUUUGAUCGUCUUUCAUUUAUAUAUUUGGUUACUGGAAAUUUGGAAAAAUUGAGAAAAAUGUUAAAGAUCGCCGAAUUAAGAAGCGACCAUAUCCAUGGUCUUACCGAAGAAGCCGAAUCAAUUUUAACCUCUUCUGGGCUUACCGCUGAUGAUAUUACUGAUUUGCCUACAAAUGGACAAUUAUUGAAACCACCAACGCCAAUCCUUAAACAUACAGAUUCUAAUUGGCCGUUGUUAACGGUAUCACGUUCAUUCUUUGAUAGUGCAUUUAUAACUACUGAUACCAAUCCACUUGCCGCACCUCUAUCUUUCACUGACGCAAACGAAGGCCUUGAUGAUGUUGGAGGUGAUUGGGGAGGGGAUGAUGAUCUUGGAUUUAACGGUGUAACUGAGAAAGUCGUUGACGAUCUACGAAUAGAAGGCGAAGCUCUUGAAGAAGGUUCAGGAUGGGAUAUUGAUGCAGAUCUUAAUGUUCAACUUAAUAACGAGAUCUCUCAAGAACUUUCUAAUGGAACACAUGGAGAAUUCGUUCCUCCAACUUCAGGCACUAAUGAAUCUGAACUUUGGAUACACAAUUCACCUUUGGCUGCUAACCACGUUGCAGCAGGAUCGUUCGAGACGGCGAUGCAGCUUCUUAAUAGACAAGUUGGGGCAGUUAAUUUCGAACCUUUAAAAUCACACUUUUUGAAAACAUUCCAAGCAACACGUACAUAUUUGUCUUGUAAUGUAUCACUUCCCCCUCUGGUUAACUAUGUUCGACGAAAUCCUGAAGAAACCGAGACUCGUCGCGUUUUGCCAAUUCUAGCGUAUAAUUUUCAGAAUAUCGUUUCCUCUCAGCUUCAGGAAGCUUACAAGACGACUACACUCGAGUAUAUAGUCGGGUUAUCUAUGGAACAAAUGCGUCGUAAAUAUCCACUGGAUAAUCCAGAAAACACGAAAAAAGCACUUGAAUUGGCAGCAUAUUUCACUCAUUGUCGAUUACAACCAGCUCAUUUACAACUAAGUUUACGGUCUGCAAUGACUUUGAAUUAUAAAGCAAAGAAUUGCCUAACAGCAUCCAUGUUUGCUAGAAGAUUAUUAGAAUUAGCACCACCACAACAAGUUGCCACACAGGCCCGUCAAAUUCAGACACUCUCCGAUAAGACUCCACGUGAUGAAGUUACUUUAGAUUAUGAUCAAUAUAAUCCAUUCGUAGUUUGCGGUAUUUCUUAUACACCUAUUUAUAAGGGCAGUUCUUCCAUUGAAUGUCCAUAUUGUCACGCAUCAUACUUGCCUGAACAUCAAGGUAAACUUUGUACG